ACCAAAGAGUGCUCGAGACAGAGAGAAAAGAAGUGACCCUCAAUCGACCCUCCACUACACUAGCCUAGUGGAUUCGAUUCCUUAGCGGUAGCCACAUGGCCGCCGCUCUAUCGCCGGCCUCUUCUCUCCGCCUCAACCCCUACUCCGCCGUCCGCUUUCUCUCCGUCUUCCGCAAACCGAAACCUACCUGGACCGUCCUCGCCCAACUCAAUGCCCUCACUCCCAAUCCUCCAAUCCCGCCAAAACCUAUUCGCUGCCUUACUCCCUUCCCGUUCGCCGACAAAACAGCUUUCCUAUCCCACCGGCGGAGCUUGUGCGCCGUUGUCGCCGGCGCUUUCUCCUCCGGCGGGGCCGUGGAGAAUCCGACUACCGAGCCUCUCGAAAAGAAGCAAACCGAAACUUCCUCCCAAGUCGGUGAAUUCCGGAAAAGGUUGAGGAUUGUGGAUAUAAAGGGAGGGCCUGACGAGGGCUUGGAUCGGCUGGGCCAGACUCUGGUCGUGCAAGGUUGGGUUCGGACACUUCGAGGGCAGAGCAGUGUCACAUUCAUCGAGGUUAAUGAUGGUUCGUGCCUCUCAAACAUGCAAUGUGUGAUGAAUUCAGAUGCUGAGGGCUAUGAUCAGUGGGAAAGUGGCUUAAUUGCUACUGGUGCUUCAAUAUGGGUGCAAGGGACCUUAGUAGCAAGUCAAGGAUCAAAGCAAAAAGUGGAGUUGAAAGUGGAAAAACUCAAGGCGGUGGGCAAGAGUGAUCCUUCAUUUCCCAUCCAAAAGAAAAGGGUCAGCAGAGAAUUCUUAAGAUUGAAAGCUCAUCUUCGGUCUAGAACAAACACUUUUGGGGCGGUUGCAAGGGUAAGAAAUGCCUUGGCCUAUGCUACUCACAAAUUUUUUCAAGAAAAUGGUUUUGUUUGGAUCUCAAGUCCUAUCAUCACUGCUUCAGAUUGUGAAGGAGCUGGUGAACAGUUCUGUGUGACCACUCUGAUUCCAAGCUGUCAAGAGCCCAGUAAUUCACCUGUUGAUGCUAUACCAAAGACAAAAGAUGGUUUUAUUGAUUGGUCACAGGAUUUCUUUGGUAAACCAGCAUUUUUAACUGUCUCUGGGCAACUGAAUGCUGAGACAUAUGCCACUGCUCUUUCUGAUGUGUAUACAUUUGGUCCCACCUUUCGAGCUGAAAAUUCUAACACUUCUAGACACUUAGCUGAAUUUUGGAUGAUUGAACCAGAACUUGCAUUUGCUGACCUGAAUGAUGACAUGGCUUGUGCGACAGCCUAUCUCCAGUAUGUAGUAAAAUACGUCCUUGAACACUGCAAGGAGGACAUGGAUUUCUUCAAUACUUGGAUUGAGAAAGGAAUUAUCAACCGAUUGAGUGAUGUGGUAGAGAAGAAUGUCAUACAGUUGUCAUAUACUGAUGCUAUUGAGCUUCUUCUAAGAGCAAAUAAGAAAUUUGAAUUCCCGGUGAAAUGGGGUUGUGACUUGCAAAGUGAGCAUGAAAGAUACAUCGCCGAAGAGGCCUUUGGUGGAUGUCCCGUAAUAAUAAGAGAUUAUCCCAAGGAGAUAAAAGCAUUUUAUAUGCGGCAAAAUGAUGAUGGAAAGACUGUUGCAGCCAUGGAUAUGUUGGUUCCUCGGGUUGGUGAACUUAUUGGUGGAAGCCAAAGAGAAGAACGUCUUGAAUAUCUAGAAGAUCGUUUAGCUGAGUUAAAGCUCGACAAGGAAAGUUAUUGGUGGUAUCUUGAUCUGCGGCGUUAUGGUUCAGUUCCCCAUGCGGGCUUCGGAUUAGGCUUUGAAAGGCUUGUGCAGUUUGCAACUGGGAUAGAGAAUAUAAGAGAUGCAAUACCUUUCCCGCGGACUCCUGGAUCAGCUGAAUUUUGAUAGGUGACCGUGUUCGUUGUGAUUCCCAGGAGGAGGAUUGAAGUUCGGCUGAGGCACAAGUAAAUGGCGGAAGGUUGGAUCAUGAUGCUGUUUCUUUAACCACCUAUUACACCAUAAAUGCUUCAUUUUGUACUAUUAUGGAGGGGCAUGCGUAAAGAGAUCUUGUAUCUGUGGUUGCAAAAUAAAUGAUUUAUUUGCAUAAUAUGCAAUACGUAUAUAAUAUAAGGUGAGAGCCUCGAGGUGGCUGCAAAUCUGUACCUGAAGACACCCACACAGCUUGAUUUGGCACUUUGAAAUGAAGAAAAAGUAUUAAUAGGCUCUGGUCACCCAGAUAUGUUUGCACGAGUGGAUUCUGUAAGAGAAUUUUGUAAUUCUGAAGAAAUGAAGCAGUUUGGAAGAAAAUUACGAGAA